GUGGUCACCAGCACCAGUUGUUCACAAGCUAGGGGUGUCCCAGGCCUCAGGCAGGGGCCUUUGGGGGGGACCUGGUGCUCAGCAUGGGGGGAGCAGUACACCCACCCCGGCCAGCCUGGGUCUCUCACCUGUGGACCCUCACACUGGGCCUCUCUCCAUCCCCAGCUGAGGGUGCUCCCUGAAGCCCCAAAUAGGGGUGGGGGUCUUGGAGAGAUUGGGGGGUCUGAGCCAGUGUCCCCGCACUCCCACAGUGACCAUUGGGCCCUAGCUUUUGUCCUGCUGCAGUGCUGCCGUUGGUCACCAGGAAGGAAAAAGAGACCUCUGGGUGGCCAGCUGUGGGCCUGAACUCCCACAAGGGUAAAGCAAGGCAGGCCCUGGACCCUGCAGACCUGCCUUCCUUCCCAGCCCCUUGCCGGUGCCCAUCCCUGCACACAGCCUGCCACAGGGGGGUUCUGCAGGGCCGCUGACUUGGUCACUCCUAUACCCUGGGUAGAUGGUGCCCAACCAUUAAGCUCAGGUGCCUGGGCCCAGGCUCUAGCCCUGCCCUGGGGAGUGAGUGAGCCCCCACCGCCCCUGCUUCAGGAUAUCCCACCCAGAUCCUCUGACCCCCUGGCCCUGCCAACCCUCCCCAGGCUUGGGAGGCAAGAGCCAGCAUGGAAUUCAGCCACAUUGCGCCCCUUCCCAGUGCUGGGGGCUGCAGAUUGGACAUAGGGUAUGGGUAUCCUCUGUACCAGCUGGGCAACCCCCAGCUCCGUGUCUUCCGCACCAACUUCUUCAUUCAGAUGGUGCGGCCGGGCACAGUGCAGCCCGAGGACACCGUGCAGUUCCGGAUCCCCAUGGAGAUGACCAGGGUGGACCUGAGGAACUACCUUGAGCGCAUUUACAGUGUGCCCGUGGCUGCGGUGCGGACGAGGGUGCAGCAUGGCUCCAACAGGAAGAGGGACCACAGGAAUGUCAGGGUGAAGAAGCCAGACUACAAGGUGGCCUACGUACAGCUGGCACACGGACAGACCUUCACGUUCCCAGACCUCUUUCCCGAGAAAAAGCGGAGCCCCUCUGGAGAAGACAGCGUCCAGGAGGAACUCCUGGAGGAGCAGCGGAAGAGGCAGAGCCGUGACCCCCGGCGCGGCGGUGUCCCCGAGUGGUUCGGCCUGUGACGGGCCAGCCGGCACGGUGCGGGGCCCACGGCUUAAAUAAAAGCGCUGCGUGUGCACAUCGGACCCUG